AUGACAGCAACCACUUCUGACACCAUACCAAAAGCCGCCAUUGUCGUUGGUAGCCAAAGGGAGCAUCGUGCGGGCCUCCAAAUUGCGGAAUUCGUCCAAGAAACGCUUCAAGAUAGCCAACUUUCAGCAAAGCUAGCUAUAGUAGAUCUUGCAAUCUGGAACUUGCCGCUGUAUAAUGAGCCAGGAAUCCCGUCUCGCAUCUUUUCAGCUCAAGAAUACCAACAUGAACAUACGCAGCGCUGGUCGCGAGAAAUAGCCUCAUAUCAAGCUUUUAUCUUCGUUACUCCCCAGUAUAACUGGGGAUAUCCUGCAAGUUUGAAAAAUGCGCUAGACUACUUAUUCAACGAAUGGAAGGGCAAACCGGCAAUGAUUGUGAGCUAUGGUGGCCAUGGUGGUGGAAAGGCUGCCGAACAACUUAAGCAGGCGUUCGGCCCAGGCAUCGUCCGGUUUGUUUGCAGAGAAAAAGAGGGAAAUUCAAGAGAGAUUCGCUGA